AUGACCAAGGAAAACCAAAGCGCAGUGACAGAAUUCAUCUUUCAGGGCCUUUCCUCCCAGCCAGGGACACAGACUUUCAUAGUGUUUCUGAUUUUUUAUCUGUUCACAGUUGUUGGGAACAUCGUGAUCAUUACAGUGAUCAGAGCUGAUUACCAGUUGCAGUCACCCAUGUACUUUUUCCUUGCCAACCUGUCCUUCUUAGACAUCUGCUACAUCUCCAGCAACAUCCCCCAGAUGCUGGUGAACCUCUCAACCAAGAAAAGGACCAUCUCCUUCUCUGGAUGCGCCACUCAGAUGUAUUUCUAUUUUGCUUUUGGCACGACGGAGUGUGUUCUGCUCGCGGUCAUGGCCUAUGAUCGAUACAUGGCGAUAUGUCACCCCUUGCUCUACGCCACGGCCAUGAACAAGAAGGUUUGCAUUCACAUGGUGGUGGCUUCCUGGACCAGCAGCCUGCUGAGCUCCAUGGUCAUCAACAGCUUCACCUUGUGGCUGCCCUUCUGUGGGCCCCACAUCUUGAACCAUUACUUCUGCGAGGCACCGGCUGUGCUGGCCUUGGCCUGUGCCCACACGGCCCUCAUGAAGCUGGUCAUCUUCAUCUUCAGCAUCCUCAUAGUCUUCACCCCUUUUCUUCUGAUCGUCGCCUCCUACACCCGUAUCCUUUCCACCAUCUUAAAGAUUCAAUCUGCACGCGUGCAGUCCAAGACCUUCUCCACCUGUGGGUCCCACCUGAUGGUGGUGACCGUGUUUUACGGGACAGCCAUCUACAUGUACAUGAAUCCUAAGUCACGGCCUCCACAGGACAAGGACAAAGUGGUUGCCGUGUUUUACACCAUUGUAGUCCCAAUGCUGAACCCCCUCAUCUACAGCCUCAGGAGCAAGGACAUAAAGUGUGCCCUGAGGAGGGCAAUGAACAGACCCCAGUCCCUGUUUAUUUAA